UUUGUUUUCAUGGGGUCAGUUUUUCUCGUGCAGAAUCAGCUGUUCCCUCAAGGAGAGUAUUUUUACCCAGAGUCUGUCACCAUGGAGACAGUCAACAGUAGGGUAUCCAAGACCACAGCACCUGUCCCUGGAGGCCCAAAGUGGACUUCUCAGCACCCUUUUGUCCACAAAAUUAGCAGGGUGUCUUCUACUCACUCGAGAGGGCGGCUGAGGAAAGGGCAUCCCAAACUUGGCCACUUCAUCAUACCCCUCUAGAAACCUGAAAGUGCACCAAGUUAAAGGAAGUAAGGGUGAAGCCUUGCCAUGUUCGUGAGGGCGUUGAGCCCACAGUCGUACUCCACUCCCAGCUGGUGUAUCGAGCCCAAGUAUUCCACCCGCGUGCUCACUGGGAACUGGGUGGAAGAGAGAAGGAAGUUCACCAGAGCCAUUGAGAAAACACCCCAGUGCAUUUACAGAAAAGAGUACAUCCCCUUUCCAGACCAUAGGCCUGACCAGAUCUCCAGGUGGUACGGAAAGAGGAGAGUGGAGGGGCUCCCAUACAGACAUCUGAUCACCCACCACCAGGAGCCGUCGCACCGCUGUCUUAUCAGCACCUAUGACGACCAUUACAACCGGCAUAACUACAACCCAGACCUGCCCCUGCACCGUUCCUGGAGUGGGCAUAAGUUGCUGUGGCUACCAGAGAAGGCAGACUUCCCUCUUCUUGCUCCCCCUACAAACUAUGGACUGUACGAACAGCUGAAGCAGAGGUGGUGCAGACCUGAGGCCAGCCCCAAGGAGAGCAUCUAUACUUCAUCUUACCCCAGACCACCUGAGUCCGCCAUGUCUAGGCGGGAGCAUGCGAUCCUGGUCCCUCCCCGUCGCCUGCACCCUCUUCCAAGUUUCUGAGAACUGCCACCCGCCCUGGUCACUCAGGCAGCACCAACUGGAGACCCACAGCUCACGGGACUUGCCAGACCGCAAGUGGCAACAGAUGUACCAGGAGUAUGCAACCCAGCCCAUCAGAGUGGUCUUUAGAAUUCUGGCCUGGUUUUUAGGUGACCCUUCUCUUCUUCCUCCCCCAAACCCAUAGGUUACUUUUUUUUCCAUCCAUAAUUAAAUCUUUUUGACACCAUUGGAAUGUUGUGUGUGUACAGAAGACAGACUUAGAAUGCCAGAAAAAACUGGAAGGACUCUUAAGUUACACCCCCUCAUUUCACUGGAGGGGAAAUUGAAACUCAGAGAGGUAACACGACCCCCUCACGUCCUCACAAAUUGAAACGUACUCUCAAGGAGUGUCUGGUCCAAUGGGAGAAAUUUCUCUACCAAGACCCAUUUUGAAAACUCAGCGAGGUAGUCAUAUGUGUUUACAGUGAGGGCAGAGCUGAAAACGCUGAUGCUGGAGAAGAAUCCAGCCUGCUGUAGUUAGUGAGACAGGAAGAAGACACUUACCGAGGAGAAGGGGAAGAAACAACAUUUCUCUCUCUUCACUUCUGAGCUCUAGAUUCUGAAAAAGAUUUUUGUGUUUGGGGUUGGGGGGCCUUUGAUCAGUGGUUUGGGAAGUGAAGAUAGAAGAACUUGGGCACUGUCCUCACUCAGGACAGAAGCUUCAUGUUCUACCACCUGACGUGGACCGAGGCCAGCCUUGGACUGAGAACAUGUCCCUAAUCUACCCUCUUUGGCCUUCAGGAUUUAAAGCCUGUUUUGCUUUGAAUCAUCUCGGUGGAAACCGGUUUUUCUUUGAAUGGCCUUUCUCUGCCAUAUGCCUCCACCCCAGUUGUUGGCAUUCCUUGCUUUAGGCAUAGUGUCUGGUAUAUAAACCAGUUGCCAAUCAAUUCAAUUCCGAUUCAUGGCGACCCCACGUGUAUCAGAGUAGAACUGUGAUCCACAGGGCUUUCAAUGCCUGAUUUUUCAAAAAGUAGAUCAUCAGGCCUUCCUUCUGAGAUGACUCUGGGUGGAUGAGAACCACCAACCUUUUGGUUAGCAGCCGAGCGUGUUAACUGUUUGUACCACCCAGGGAAACUCUGCCUGGUAUAUAAACCAAAAAACCAAGUCUGUUGCCAUCGAGUAGAUUCCAACUCAUAGCGACCCCAUAGGACAGAGCAGAAUUGCCCCAUAGGGUUUCCAAGGAGCAUCUGGUGGAUUCAAAUUACAGACCUUUAGAUUAGCUGUCAUAGCACUUAACCACUACACCACCAGGGUUUCCACCUGGUAUAUAAAACCGAACAAAACCCAGUGCCAUCGAGUAGAUUCCGACUCAUAGCGACCCUAUAGGACAGAGUAGAACUGCCCCAUAGAAUUUCCAAGGAGCGCCUGGCGGAUUCAAACUGCUGACCCUUUGGUUCUCAGCUGUAGUA